AUGCAUCACUCUGGAUUAUUUGUUGCCGUUUUGAUCGCCAUCGUCCUUCAGACUCAAGCGCUUCCCACUUCUGUACGACCUUUGACAGACUCUAAUGACGGAGCAGAUGUCGCGGCAUAUGGACAAAAACAGACCGCAACGAAUGGCAACAUCAAUCCCACUGCCACCCACAACGCGGUACAUGAGAUGCAUGAUCCAGCGCACAUUCAGACUAUCGACGUGAUGCCUACAUCGCAGCUUCAACAGGCUUCUUCCAUACCACAAGCCAUCACUUUAUCAACUCGACAACUUGCGAGUACACAAUCACAAUCGCAGCGUCCUAUCUCUUUGGGAGGUCAAGCUGGAUACGCUGGAUUUGUUGCUGGCCAAGCACCUAUCACCCAAGCUGGCUCCUCAUACACUCACACGUCGAGCUCGAGUCGGGGAGACUCAAACUCGUCCGAAGAUUCAUAUGAUGAUUCUUCUGAGGAUUCAUCUGGUGAUUCAUCUGAAGAAUCAUCGGGAGAUUCUUCUGAAGAUUCAGAUAGCUCAGAUUCUUCUGAUUCAUCGGAUAGCACCUCUUUCUACACAUCUUCCGGACCAAUCCCACAAAUUCCCGUGGUCCUUCCGCCGCGAGUAUCAAGUGGAUAUUCGGCUGGAGGUGUGGGUAGUUUCGGAGAGGGAGUAUACGCAGGUGGCCGGGAAGGUGGCCGGGAGGGUGGCCGGGAGGGUGGCUCUAUCGGUGGCUCAGCGUUCUCAGGGGGUCAAAUAGGUGGUGGUGGUGCCUUCGGUGCGGGUGCAAGUCUAGGAGGCGAAUUUUCGCAAUCAGCAGGUCUCAACGCCGGAGCCUUCGGAGCCGAAGGUGCGACUGCGGGAGGAUUUGGGUCUGGGGGAGCGAGGUUAGGAAGCUUUGGCGCCGGAAGUGCAAGUACGGGAGGUUUUGAGACUGGAGGUGCUAGCGCUGGAGGCUUUGGGGCUGGGGGUGCGAGAGCGGGAGGCUUCGGUGUUGGAGGUGCUAGUGCGAGUUCAGGAAGCGUCGGCGGUGGUGCUGCGUUUGGCAGCGGUAGAGCCGGCGCUGGUGGAUACGGCGCUGGAGGUGUUGGUGCUGGCGUUGGAAGCGUUGGAAGCUUUGGUGCCGGACUGUCGGCUUCGGCAGCAGCUGGUGCUGGUUUCCAAGCUUCCAAGGGGGGAUAUGUACGUUGA